ACUCAAAUAUUAUAUGCAUCAAUUGAUUGAUGGCGUGGAUCGAAGUUUCGAACACACAGAACAUGUGUGUGCCAAACUAAUGAGCACAAAUGCACUUUUAAUGAUUUUGGAUUAGUGUUGGAUUUUAAUUGGAUCCAAUGUUCACUACACUCAAAACUCUCAGUCAAACGAUAUUUCCAAGAUUUUAAAUCAACACUACUACAGCCACCCACCACGUCUACGGGAUUUUCCAAGAUAUUAAUUAAAAAAAAAUGCAGUUUUGAAUUAAUUCUUGGACGGACGGACGGACGAACUUGAUGUCGCUUACCUUCUUUGAAGUGGACCAAUUGUUAAAGUGACAGAAGCCAAAUUGAUAGGAAGUUAAUGCUAUUUACAUAACGCUCUGUCUCUUUCUAUAUAUACACUACUCAUUGCUCUAAUAAAUUUCAGUCGAUACAACAAAUUAAGACCAAACCGCUCUCCCUUCAUAUCCUCCACAUACUAGAAUCAUGGGUACGGAGGUAGUUGCAGCGGCGGCCGCCGGUAAUCCUCCCGACGUCAUUCCAGCCGGCGGCACCGUUUGCCACGCCGUGCUUUUCCCGUUCAUGUCAAAAGGCCACACAAUCCCCAUCCUCCACCUCGCCCGCCUCCUCCUCCGCCGACAAAUCUCCCUGACCGUCUUCACCACCCCCGCCAACCGCCCCUUCAUCGCCGCUUCACUCCCCCCCGGCGCCGCCGCUUCCAUCAUCGAGCUCCCCUUCCCACAUGACAUCCCGGAAAUCCCCGCCGGCGUCGAGAGCACCGACAAGCUCCCUUCCGUCGACUCCCUCUUCCCUCACUUCGCCCUCGCCACGGAGCGCAUCCGGCCCGACUUCGAAUCCGCGCUCGAAAAUCUCCGGCCGCGGCCGAGCUUCAUGGUCUCCGACGGCUUCCUCUGGUGGACCCAGGACUCCUCCGAAAAAUUCGGGAUCCCGCGGCUGGUCUUCUACGGGAUGUCGAAUCACGCCGGCAGCGUGUCGAGAGCAGCCGCCGUCGACUGUCUCCUUUUGGGCUCCGAGUCCGACGACGAGUUGAUCUCCGUGACUCAGUUCCCGGGGGUCAAAGUUUGCAAGAGCGACUUCGCGGAGUGGGCCCGAAAGCCCAACCCAGAAGGGCCCCUCUUCGAUUUCGUUUUGAAAUCGGUGGCCGCUUCCUCACGAAGUUACGGUUACGUGAUGAAUAGCUUUUACGAGUUAGAACCAGUUUUCUCCGACCAUCUUAACGGGCUCGGUAAACAAAGGUAUUACUCUGUGGGGCCCCUUUGCCUGGCUGACGUGGACGAAAUCAACGGCGGGAAAGAAGCCGCAUUAGUUGCGAAGCCGAAGCCGGCUUGGAUUCAGUGGCUAGACAAGAAGCUGGUUGAAGGGAAGUCGGUGUUGUACGUGGCGUUUGGGUCCCAGGCUGAGAUAUCAGAAGAACAAUUGGAGGAGAUAGCGAGUGGGUUGGAAGAUUCGGAGGUGGAUUUCUUGUGGGUGAAAAGAAAGGGAGGUGGCGGGUUGGAGGAGUGCGUGAAGGGGAGAGGGAUGAUAGUCGGAGAAUGGGUGGAUCAGAGGGAGAUACUGGGCCAUGCCAGCGUGGGAGGAUUUUUGAGUCAUUGCGGUUGGAACUCGGUGAUGGAGAGCGUUUGUGCUGGAGUGGCGAUGUUGGCGUGGCCGAUGAUGGCAGAGCAGCCAUUGAAUGCGAGGAUGGUGGCGGAGGAGGUGAAUGUGGGGAUCAGGGUGGAAGGUUCGGGGAGAACGGGGUUCGUACGGCGGGGAGCGUUGGAGAAGGCGGUGAGGGAGUUGAUGGCAGGUGAAAAGGGGAAGGAAGUGAGAAGGAACGCGAAGGAGUAUGCAGAGAAGGCUAUGCAAGCCAUGGAGGAAGGGAGCGGCUCGUCGUGGAAAACUUUGAACUUAUUAAUUGACGAAUUGUGUAACAAGGCAAAAACAGAAAACUAGAAGGAAGACGCACGGUAAUAUUUUGAUAAACCAUAGGCUACUUAAGAUCCAAAAUGAAUGGGUUUUUACGACCCUCCAUUUCCAUUGUAUUGGCUCAACACCACUCAGUAUCCAAUUGUAAUCGCAUCUCUUAGCGAUUUGUUUUUUAAUAAUAUCAAGAAUCGUCAUUCACACUAUAAUUAUAAAUAUGUCAUUUAAUACACGUUUAUAUAAUAAUAGUAAUUACCUCCGCAUCAGUACUAUAACCAAAAUGAAUAAAUGACCUUCCUUGUGGCAGUCUACAUCAUAGAUACACGAGGUUCCAUUACUUUCUAUUGCAAGACUUAUUCAUUAGUGGCAGUGGGUUAACUAUACGAAUUAAGCUACUACUACUGUUGUCUUAUUUUACAUUCUUCGUCGCGUUAAGCUAAUCAUUUGUUUUUGUAUACUACUAAAUGCGCACACCAUCCAAACUAAUUUCUCCUGAAUACAAUUUUGCAGACUCGUUUUAUGUUUGAAUCCCUUAAUUGCACAUAUAAUUAUAAGGUUUGAUGUUAGUCAACGUUAUUUUGACCGUUAAUACUUAACAGUCAUCAAAAUUGGUAUUAGACUUCUUAUCACUUGUCCUAUAUUUGUCAUGUGUCAUUUAUAGUCCCAAUUAACUUUGAUCUUUAAUAGUCAAAAGUCAAAGUUUUGACCAAUAACGUGGAUAUUUUCCACGUCACUUAAUAUAAAAUAAUUAAUUUAUUAAUACUAAAAAAUAAAUUUGCAUAUUUUUAAUAAAUAUUUAACAAAAUAAAGAUCACUAUCUUCUCACGAUCCUUUCUUCUCCUUUCACUAACAAACAAAUACCGAAUUGGUUUUUCUACUAGGGGCGGGCAUUCUUUUGGUUCGGCCGAAACCGAACCAAAAUGAUGUGUACUUGGUCCCCGAAAUUCGCCAAAUCUCAAUGAUAAAAUCAAACAUUUCAA